GCAUGGCACGCCGAGAUCCCCGAAGUCUGACGCGCGUGAGACGGAGGUGAAGUCUGGGACGCCAGCUGAUGCAUCUCCGGAGGCCCCACGCCAUGAUUGUGGUCCUGGUGUCCCUGUGGGCAGCCUCGCUGUCCGGGGCCCAGGCACCGACGAACGGCGCCGCGGGAGGCCCCCUCUGGUUCGGCUACACGGUGCGCACGGGCAACGCGGACGUGCGCUUCGACGACAUCGCCAACCUGGCCCCCAACAACGGCCGCAGCACCCGCUACAGUACCGCCAUCACGCACGGCAACGCCCUGUCCCGCGUCGAGGUCGCACUCGGCACUGCGCAAGGCGGAGCCGGCUACUACGAGAGUGCUGCGGCUGCAGCUGCUGCCUCGUCACCAGGCGCCGGCGGAACGCACGGCUUCCCGUACGGAACCGUCGUGUACCCCGGUUCCCAGGGUGUCCUGGUCGGGAUCCCUCGACGCCAGUUGACGCUCGGCCGUGCUGGGCUCUUGGAGGCUCAGGGUCCUCCCUUCCGGUUCGUCGGACAAGUGGAUCACUCCGUGGGCGACGGCGAAGACUUCCUGUCCAGACCCGACGCUCAACUUCCAGCGCAAGUACUGCGACGGCGGGUGUUCCGCCGCCGCUUUCGUGGACGACGAGUGUUCCCCGGCGGCGACCCGCAAGCAUCCGGUGCUUCGUUCGAUGAGGGAGGCCAAACCGUCCAGCCCGUUCCGGUUGCCGUCUUGCCCGAAGGGCCGGAGCCCGCCGCCGGGACUAUUUCUGUGCCAGAGUCGGGCGUUGUGCCGUCUGUCAGCAAGCCCAGUGGCCCGCCUGCACAGCCAACGGAACUGAAGGCAGGAACGCAAAUCGCUCCGGCUAAAGCCCCUGCCCCGAGAGACGUCGAAGAACCCGGAGAAGACGUCGAAGACGACGACUCUGACUACGCUCAGUCGACGCCGUCGCCAGCAGUGCUCGAACAGUCCACAAACCCUGAAUCUAACGGAAGGAAGACGACUACGACACCAUUGGCCGUCGUCUCUUCCGCCCUGGACACGUCGCAAAGCCAAGACACCAGUUCAGUGGUCAAGAACCACGUUCAGACCCCUCUCGUGCUCCGCGCGGGCAGGGGUCAGUAUGAUUUUCGAGGCUACGCUGAAAACAACCGACACCCCCAGGGCACCGUCGACGGAGGCGACCCCCACGAUUGGACCACCAGCAGGAAGUUUCGGCACAACUUUCGAGUUUCCUAG